AUGGGUUCGGACAGGCUUGCCCUGCUCAUCGACGGCGACAACGUCUCAGCAAAGGUGAUCACGGGCGUCCUGGCCGAGAUCGCCAAGCAUGGCACCGCGGGCGUGAGGCGGAUAUACGGCGACUGGACGCAGCCCAACCUGGGGCCCUGGAAGCGGUGCCUCCUCGAGCACUCGAUCCAGCCGGUGCAGCAGUUCGCCUACACGACGGGCAAGAACGCCACCGACGGCGCCAUGAUCAUCGACGCCAUGGACCUGCUGUACACGGGCCGCUUCACGGGCUUCUGCCUCGUCUCGAGCGACAGCGACUUCACCCGCCUCGCCGUGCGCAUCCGCGAGCAGGGCCUCGCCGUCUACGGCUUCGGCGAGGCCAAGACGCCGCGCCCCUUUAUCAGCGCCUGCGACAGGUUCUACUACUUCCACGCCCUGGAGGCGGUGCCGCCGCCGCCCGACGAGACGGCGCCGCCCACCACCCUCAACGCUGACGCCGUCGCAGAUGCCGCUGCUGCCCGGCGGCCUGUCGUCCCAGCGAUCCAGGGCAGCCAGGCCGGCGCGGGCGUCUCGCCGACCACCACAGCACCCGGCCCCUCCGGUGCCGCGACCGGCAGGCUGGACGCUGAGGCCCUCAGGAUCCUGAGGAUGGCCGUGGAUGCCUGCGCGGAGGACGACGGCCACGCGAACCUGGCCACCGUCGGCAGUUACCUCACCAAGCAGUCGCCCGACUUCAACGCCGCCAACUAUGGCUUCAGCAAGCUGCGCGAGCUGGCGGAGGCCUCUGGGAUUCUCAACGUGGAGCUCGUCCGACGGCCUAACGCGGCGCCGAUAUGCAUGGUGCAGCUCAGCGAUACAUCCAAGAGGGAGAAGCGGCGGCGUUUGACUUAG